UAAAGAUGUACCUACCUCAUGUCUCUAAUAGGAGGUAGUCAAUGCGUCAUCCUUCGGGGCGAGAGCUGUAGGGAUUUCUCAAUAUGCAUGGUCUUCCUUGUCUUUUAACUGCCCAUUAAUGCUUUGUUUAAAUGUACUACUACUACCCGUUCUUGGGAAGUCUCGCCGAUUGUUAUGACGCCACAGGACGCGUACGGAAUUUCUUAAUGAUCGACAGCUACAUAACGUCUGUUAUGUUAACGACGUCUUUUCUCGUCUAAUAUAUAAUAUACGCCAGUAGUAACUCGAUUUGUCUCGUCCAGUUUAGCUUCCCAUCUCGAAUCGAAGCCUUAGCUAGCCCUCCAAGCGGAGAACCCUGCUCUUCGUGGGUUCGCCGUAACCUUGCAGCGUGGAGAAUUGUGCUGACUACCGUAGGAAUCUUGAAAGUCCAAUCUCUCACCUUGAUUAGUCGCAUGAAAAUUGCUGAUCAAGUGAUCAGCAGCUUUACAGGGGUAGCAACAACUUUCAAAGUUAUUAAUAGGGAGACAUAUGCUCGAUUUUAUUGUCCUUUGGUAGUCUAUUCCUCUCGGACAUUACCUUGUCUUCUCAUCGGAUAGAACGAACUUCAUACGAACGUUACUACCGUAUGAUAGUCGCGAUGCGUUGCGCUCCGUGGAUCGCCUUAUUGGCGGUGACCAGGUAUACAGCAGCAAAUGCGGUCGAAAAGCGAGAUCUCGCCUACUCUGAGCCGCACUAUCCUUCGCCUUGGAUGAACCCUACUGCGCAAGGAUGGGAAGAUGCUUAUGUCAAAGCUAGGGAAUUUGUCUCCCAGCUUACGCUAGCAGAGAAGGUCAAUUUAACAACCGGUGUCGGUUGGCAAGGGGAACAAUGUGUUGGCCAAGUUGGUGCUAUUCCUAGACUGGGUUUUCGUAGUCUUUGUAUGCAAGACUCUCCGUUGGGCAUUCGUUUUGCCGACUACGUCUCAGCUUUCACGUCUGGUCAAACUGUGGCGGCUUCGUUUGACAGAGACCUCAUCUACCGACGGGGCAAGGCAAUGGGCGAAGAGAAUAAAAUUAAAGGCGUCGACGUACUUCUAGGGCCAGUAGCUGGACCUAUCGGGCGAGCGCCGGUAGGCGGACGUAACUGGGAAGGAUUUUCUCCCGAUCCAUAUCUGACCGGCGUCGCAAUAGCCGAGACCGUCAAGGGAAUUCAAGAUGCCGGCGUGAUUGCUUGCGCUAAGCACUAUGUCGGUAACGAGCAAGAGCAUUUUAGACAAGUCGGCGAGUCCCAGGACCGUGGAUAUAACAUUUCCGACACUCUAUCGUCAAACAUUGACGACAAGACAAUGCAUGAAUUGUAUUUAUGGCCAUUCGCGGACGCGAUCCGGGCCGGCGUCGGUUCUAUUAUGUGCGCGUACACGCAAAUCAAUAAUUCAUAUUCUUGUCAAAACUCCAAGGCCUUAAAUGGCCUCCUCAAGAGCGAAUUGGGAUUCCAAGGAUUUGUCAUGUCAGACUGGCAGGCGCAGCACUCUGGCGCGGCCAGCGCCGUAGCCGGGCUUGACAUGACGAUGCCCGGAGACACCGUCUUCAACUCCGGAUUUAGUUUCUGGGGCACUAAUCUUACUCUUGCGGUGCUAAAUGGAACAGUACCUCAGUACCGAAUUGACGAUAUGGCGAUGAGGAUUAUGGCGGCUUACUUCAAGGUCGGUAGGACAUUAGACCAGACCCCAAUCAACUUUGAUUCGUGGACUCGGGAUACCUUCGGGCCUAUCCAUUACGCCGCCAACGAGGGUCAUCAGCAAAUCAACUGGCACGUAGACGCCCAAGAAGAUCACGGAGAUCUUAUCCGGGAGAUAGCUGCCAAGUCAGCCGUGCUGCUCAAGAACAACGGUGCUCUCCCGCUAAAGAAGCCCAAGUUUCUCGCCGUCAUCGGGGAGGAUGCCGGUCCUAACCCGUUAGGUCCGAACGGCUGCGCUGAUCGAGGCUGUGAUAAAGGAACUCUCGCAAUGGGAUGGGGUUCGGGAACCGCCGACUUCCCUUACCUCGUCACCCCUAUCGAUGCGUUGCAGGUACAAGCUCUCGAAGACCGUACCCGUAUCGAAGCUGUUUUGGAUAAUUCCGCAUCGACGACGAUUGAAACCUUGGUCAAGCAAGAAGGGGCUACCGCCCUAGUAUUUGUCAAUGCCGAUUCCGGCGAAGGUUAUAUUAGUGUUGAUGGUAAUGAAGGGGAUCGUCGCAACCUAACACUUUGGGGCAACGGCGAUGAGCUCAUUAAAAACGUUUCUUCUUUGUGCAACAACACGAUAGUUGUCAUACACUCGGUUGGGCCUACGCUUGUAUCGGACUGGUACGAUUCACCCAAUGUUACGGCUAUCUUAUGGGCUGGUUUACCCGGUCAAGAAAGCGGCCGCUCAAUUGUAGACGUACUAUACGGAAAAGUCAAUCCUGCUGGCCGAACCCCCUUCACGUGGGCUACGAGUCGAGAAGACUACGGUGCUGAUGUUCUAUAUGAGCCUAACAACGGCAACGGCGCACCGCAGCAAGACUUUACCGAGGGUAUAUUUAUCGACUAUCGGGCCUUAGAUCGUGCCAAGAUCGAUCCUAUCUUCGAGUUCGGAUUUGGACUGUCGUACACGACGUUCGAGUAUUCGGAUAUCCAAGUCGAGAAGGCCAACGUCGAGGAGUAUAAACCCACAACAGGCAAAAGUGCCGAAGCCCCAACCUUCGGCAACUACUCAACAGAGCUUGAAGACUACCUCUUCCCAGAAUCCUCUUUCCCUUAUAUAUGGCAGUACAUCUAUCCGUACGUGAACACGACGUCAUCGCUCGAGGAUGCAUCCAUGGAUCCUGAGUUCGGCAAGACUGCAGAAGAGUUCCUCCCUCCGGGAGCGCUAGAAUCCACCGCACAAAAGCUCGACCCUGCCGGACCAGGCCUUACGGAUCAGCCAGGUGGUAACACUGGAUUAUUCGAUAUCUUGUAUACGGUAACCGCUAAAAUUACCAACACUGGCGACGUGGUGGGCGACGAGAUCCCGCAGCUCUAUAUUUCCCUUGGCGGAGAGGAUGAUCCGCCAGUAGUCCUCCGCGGUUUUGAUCGGAUUCAAAUUGACCCGGGCUGCACCGAGGUUUUUACGGCAACCUUAACACGACGUGAUGUUAGCAACUGGGAUGUCGAAUCUCAGAACUGGGUCAUUACCAGCUCCGCCAAGACCGUAUUCGUCGGUCCCAGCAGUCGCAAGUUGCCCUUAAGCGCUCCAUUAUCGUAGGAUAUAUAAUGACAUAUAUUGAAUAUAAUUUCUAGCCAAGCGAAGUCGACAAGGGAUUAAAUACCUGGGUACUUAUUAACGUAAUUAAUAGUUGGCCAGAUGUAAAUAUGCUUGUAUAUAAUCUAUAAUAUUAAUUUUUGGACUAUUGGUUAUAGAUUACGAUCCUCGAUAAAUCAGUGUAAUAUGUGAGGCUUAUUAUGUAUUGAAAUGUAAGAGAAAAGAUUCCCAUUGGCAGGCGGUUAGUUCCAGUUAAAAUAAAGCCAAGUGCCCGAGUUUACGAGGGAUGCCCGAAUUUAUGAGGGUGCCCAAG